AUGGAAAAAGAUCACUACAAAGACAUGGUUCUUAAUCAACUUGAAGACGGGUUAUUCUACCAAAAACUGAAUGGAAAUAGAGACAAAAGCACAAUGUCGAAAAUAAGAAAACUAAUAAAGGAAUAUUCUGACAACCUAACCGAUAAGGAAAUAAAUUAUCUUAAAAAUUUUGAGGUUAAAACUAGCAAUUUUUACGGCCUUCCGAAAAUCCACAAAUCCAAGGAAAUUCAAGACCAUGUAGAAAACUGUGAUUCUAUGUAUAUUAAAAUCAACAGGCCUACUGAUCUUAAAAUAAGACCGAUUAUUGCAGGACCUUCAUGUAGUACCCAAAGGCUAAGCAACCUCCUUGAUAUCCUACUUAAACCACUUUGUAUAAAAGUGCCGAGUUUUGUCAGAGAUGACAUGGAUUUUCUAAACUAUAUUCCAGACCGGGUACCUCUUGAUACAAUACUAGUGAGUUUUGACGUAAUAAGCCUUUACACGAACAUUCCGCACGAAUUAGGAUUAAAAGCUGUACAAUACUGGUUGGAAAAGUAUCUAGAUGAAAUUCCGGAACGUUUUUCUAAUGACUUCAUCAUCAAAGGAUUAAAACUUAUCCUUGAGAACAACUACUUCCAGUUUGACGACACUUAUUACCUUCAAAUCAAGGGAACCGCGAUGGGUACAAAGGUGGCACCAACAUAUGCCACUCUGGUUAUGGGUUACAUAGAAAAACAACUAUACGAAAAGAUACCUUCCGAAUUCGAUGAAAACUUCAGACUUUACAUUGAAGAAAAUUGGAAGCGAUAUCUUGAUGAUUGUUUUAUUUUCUGGACAAAAAGUGAAGUUGAACUAGAUAAAUGUCAUUCAAUGCUGAAUGCCUUAAAUGAAUCAAUACAAUUCACUUACGAUUCCAGCUCUUCAAAACUCCCAUUCCUAGACAUCAAUAUUAUCAAGGAAGAAGAACAAAUAAUAACGGACUUAUACUGUAAACCCACUGAUACCCAUCAGUAUUUGGAUUUUAGGUCAUGUCACCCGUCACAUACCAAACGAAAUAUUCCUUUUAAUUUAGCCCGACGUAUAUGCACAAUAGUAAUAAAUUUGGAGUUACGUGAUAAGAGACUACAGGAAUUGAAAAAUUAUCUAAAAAGACAAAACUACCCAGUCAGAUUAAUUGAAAAUGGAAUUAAAAAUGCAUUGAAAAUUCCAAUCGCUGAACUAAGAAAAACAGUAUCAAGGGAAGACAAAAAAGAUAAACAACAAUCAAUUCCUUUUGUUAUAACUCAUAAUCCACGUAAUCACCAGAUCUUAAAUUCUGCUAAAGGGCUUUUACCUAUUCUUCACAAAUCAGAGAAAAUGAAAGAUCUUGUCGACAAAUCACAGCUUAUUGGGAGCCGUCGACAAGCACCAAGUCUGAAGAAACUUCUCACACGAGCACAAUUCAGUACACAGAAGGUAGCAGAAAUACAAAAAUGCGGGGAUCCCAGAUGUGGAACGUGCGAAAUGCUAGAAGUGGGACAAAGUAAAACUCUGAAAUCCGGCACAGUAAUCAAACCGAAUAAAAGCAUGAACUGCAAAUCGGAAAAUGUCAUUUAUUGUGCAACCUGUCCCACUUGUAAUAAAAACUACAUAGGUCAAACAAAUAGACUAAUUGAUAGAGUGAGAGUUCAUAAACAGCAGAUAAAAGACCCGUCAAUUCGAAAUUCUCCCUGUUCUGAACACUUUGACCGAUGUGGAAAGGGAAAAUUUAAAAUAUAUCCCUUUUUUAAGAUGUGGACCGAAGAUAAAAUUCCGCGUGAAGCCAAGGAACAAUAUUUUAUUGAACUUUAUAAGCCCUCACUAAAUAGAAAGUGA